AUGGUUUUUGGGGCGAUCCUCUUGACCGGCGCGUCCCUUACCGCCAGCGUGCUGGUGAUGCAAGUGGCAGUAUUACCGUUAAUGUUUAGAUACAGCAAGACUGUGCAACGGAAGAUGGUGUUUUCAAACUGCAUAAAUUACCCCAAAAACUUGGACUUUGACAAUCCAGCCAGCUGUAAUGUAAUGGGCGGUAGAAACUUUAGCAUCGAAUUUGACUCGAAGGUCGAUAAUUGUCCCAUUAAAAUAGGAAUCUGGCACUUAGUGCCGUGUGAAGUACUGCGAAAAUUGCUCAGCACCACCAGCGAGUCGACACUGUGCGACCGGCUCCAUCACGAAUUAGAGAGCACACAGAACACUAUCAUACUAUAUUGUCAUGGCAAUUCAAACCACCGAGGGUCACCGCAUCGCCUGCAAAUGUACAAAGUGUUCCAAGAUCUGAACUUACACGUCAUCACGUUUGACUACCGAGGUUAUGGUGAUUCGACGCGUAUCCGACCAACGGAGAGGGGUGUAGUGGAAGACGCUCUGAAGGUGUACGCUUGGCUCAUGGACGUGGUUGGUAAGGGUAAACGGCCGACGGUGGUGCUGUGGGGACACUCUUUGGGUACAGCGAUAGCGUCAAAUUUGGUGGCCAAUAUCGAAGAGCUCUGCUGCAGUUAUCAACACAAGUGCCUGCCGGCUCCAGACGCGCUGGUCCUUGAGGCACCAUUCAAUAAUCUACUGGAAGAGAUUGAGAAACAUCCAUUCUCAAAGCUAGUAUCCUGGCUGCCAUACUACAAGCGUUCCUUCAUAAAACCCUUCAGCAGCUCCGAUGAGUUCUCAUUCACAACUGACGAGUAUCUGGCGAGGGUGCCCGGUCUGCCCAUUCUCAUGCUGCAUUCGAGGGGAGACAGGAUAGUGCCGUACGAGCUGGCUGUCAAGCUGCACGAAUGUCUGGCGCGAUCGCGUGCGCACGGCGGGGCCCCGGUGCAGUUCCACGUGUUCGAUAGGGGCCACAACAAUCUGUGCGAGGCCCCGGACUUGCCGAUGAUUGUUAGAGAUUUUCUUCACGUAGUGAAGGAGAGGCAUGUGUAA